AUGUUGCUAGUGUGGCGACUGAUCAUAUGGAGCGCUGUCGUCGCGCUCGUGAGCUGUGGCUACAACACGCCGGAGGAGAUUCAGGAGGGGAAGGCGGCCUUGGAAGGAAUGCGACGCGAACGGAAACGCGAGGAGUUCGCCACAAACCGGAUAUUCGGAGGAUUCCAGACACACGUGGGGCUGUAUCCUUUCGCCGUGUACCUCAUCACCAAAGACAAGCAGGGGUAUGAAGACUGCUCCGGAAGUCUGGUGGCGCCUGGUUGGGUCCUGACGGCGCGCCACUGCAAGGGCUCAGGCGCCUGGGACGCUAUCGUUUUCGCUGGUGACGUCGACUUCUCGACCGACAGAGUCUUCACCAAGAUCAACGUCCAGAUCCGCGUCGCGGCGACGGUCAGCUACUACAAGCCGCCCACCCCAGACAGACUGGACCACGACAUCAUGCUGCUGCACAUGUACCGCGCCUUCGAAAUGAUCUCCGGCUUCGUCGGCAUCAUACCCAUCACGGAAAUGAGACAGUACUCCGAACACUUCAACGAGAGGUGCACUGUAGUUGGCUUUGGUUUGCGAGGCAAAGACCUGAAGCCAGAGACUGGGAUCCAGAAGGGAGCCAGCUUCAUGAUGGAGCCCGGCCCCAACUGCAGGUUUCCUGGCAUCGACAUUAACGGCCUGUGCACUUUCGACGUCGCCACGAAGUCCGUGUGCCGCGGCGACUCUGGAGGACCCGUCUUCUGCAAGGGCGAACAAAUCCAGAUGGGCCUCGUAGUGGGCGCCAAGUACAAGAACUGCUGUUUUGAGUGGUGCGGCGCGCCCGUCUGGAAGAACGUGCACAUGUUCGUGGGCUACUACCGGGACUGGAUCGAGGACGCCAUCACACCAGGAGCGCGGGGGCGCGCGAGCUUCCGUGGCAGCCGGCCCGCGGGCACCCCGCUGCUGGUCUCCCUCACUGGUCUGGCGGCCUGGCCUGUCUCUCCAGCUGCUCAGUAA